AUGGCGAAUGUGGGCACCAUAUUGCCGCAGGACCAUAUCAAGGCCCUAGACUCGUUGCGCUCUCGUCUGGCACAACUGUCAACUUCAAUAACACUGCUCAAACAACAGCUUGAGUUUACCGAAACCAUUCCGCCAUGGCCUUCGCUUCAGAAAAAUGCCACGUCCGUGGAGUACAACCUUCGCAAAGUCGGCGAUUCCAUGAUGUCCUUUCAGAACGUGUUCGCUACUGCACACGCCUACCCACUGCCACAAUUUCCAGGCACAUCACAAGAGCACUUGUUGCAGAUGCUACUGAGAAAAAAGCUUGAACCACGCGCCGAGGACUGGCUUGAAGAGGCGUUACAAUGGCAUACCGCCUACCAGGAAGUAAAUGUGGAUAAAGGCGCCACAGAUCGUUUGGACAUGGAACAGCUGAAACCCUUAUGGGACUGGGCUAGACCAUUGACAAGCGAGAUCGCCAAUGGGCUGGACGAAGAGGACGUAUUCAGAGACAAUUUCACAAUUGCUGAACGACAGACAGGAAUUGAGAACGUCAAUACAGGUAUUCAUAAAAAUCUCGACAUUUACGGCGAAGACGACGAUGAGGAUGAUGACAACUCAGACGCAGGUGCGGCGAUGGUCGGUGUGGAAUCAACAAGCAAAGCCAAACGAGCUCCUGUGUCAAGCCCGCAACAAGCGCCCCUACCCCUUGUGGACCUUUUGAGAUUCAUGAGCUCCGGUGCAACGCCAUCUCGUUGA